AUGUCGAGUAAUAAUAACGGCAAAAACGGGGAUAAGAAUGGAAAAAAAAACCUCUCUACCCAUUUUAUGGCAGGCGGUGGCGCAGGCCUCACGGAAGCAUUAUGCUGUCACCCCUUAGAUACUAUAAAAGUGAGAAUGCAGUUGAGCAAGAAGGCAACAAGGCCCGGCUUUUUUGAAGUUGCUUUUAAUAUCAUGAGAAAAGAAAAGCCUUUAGCAUUAUACAAAGGUCUUGGUGCGGUAGUAACUGGAAUAGUGCCAAAGAUGGCUAUUCGUUUCUCCAGUUUUGAAUUGUACAAGAGUUGGUUGGCUGAUAAAACGACUGGCAAAGUUUCAACAACGGCUACAUUUUUUGCCGGACUUGGCGCCGGCACUACGGAGGCUGUUCUUGUUGUAACUCCGAUGGAUGUAAUUAAGAUCCGUUUACAAGCUCAACGUCAUUCGAUGGCCGAUCCAUUGGAUAUUCCAAAAUAUCGUAAUGCUGCACAUGCUGCGUACACUAUCGUAAGAGAAGAAGGCGUUCGAGCGUUGUAUAAAGGAGUGGCACUAACUGCACUUAGGCAAGCCACAAAUCAGGCAGUUAAUUUUACCGUAUAUCAAGAAAUGAAACAACAUAUGAAAAAGUUUCAAGGAACUAAGGAUGGUCAAGAACUGCCAACCUAUCAGCACUUGUUGAUGGGCGGUCUUAGUGGUGCUAUGGGUCCAAUUGCUAACGCGCCCAUUGACACCAUAAAGACGCGAAUCCAGAGAUCGGCUAGCGCUGACAAAGGGUGGUCCAAAGUUGUGUCAGUGUGGGUCAAGCUGUUACCUUUGCCUCUUAUGAGCGCAUCAAAAUUUACAUGGAUAUAUUAUCUCAGAAAGGAUGUGUCUUCUAGAUCAACCUUAGAACAGUUUUAUCUCGCUUUGUUCGAUUACCCGUUCAAGCCUCCAAAGGUCGUUUAUCGUACGCGUAUUUACCAUUGUAACAUCAAUUCUUCGGGACAAAUUUGCCUUGAUAUUCUUAAGGACAAUUGGUCUCCUGCUUUGACGAUUUCCAAAGUCUUGUUGUCGAUAUGCUCGCUGUUGACUGAUGCCAACCCACACGAUCCUUUAGUCGGAAGUAUUGCACAUCAAUAUUUGCACAACCGCGAAGAACACGACAAAGUCGCUAAAGAAUGGACUAAACG